AUGAUUGAAAUACGAAGACCACUUUCAGAAAAGAAUUUGGGGAAUAGAUCUAGCAAAGAUUUGCAAAGACCAAAUUCAUCCAGUUCACAAUAGAAAUAGAAUUUGUAAACAAUGAAAAGUUCAAUAUAAUUACAAAAACAAAAUCAAAACUUUUAUUCUAAAUAUUUUAAUAGUAAGGAUUAAAAAGAGAAUAUUGAAAUACGAUCCAAUGUUGAAAGAAAUCCAUCAGCUAAAUAAAAAUAGACACCUUAAGAUUAUAAAAAAUUAUAAGAUAAACUCCUUUAUUUAGAAAAUAAAAUUUCAUCAAUAAAAUCUCAUAUUGAUAAUAGUUAGAGAUAAUCCAAAAAUAAUAUAGCAUCAAAGUUUUUCUCAUAAAAUACAUAAAAUAAUCAGAAUUCAAUCUAAGUAUAAAAGUCUGUGUAAAUUGAUUUUACAAAUAGAGGAUAGAAAGAAUAAAGAGAAUAAACUCCUUAAUAAUAAUAGAAUAAAUUAAAGUCAAGUACUCUAGUUAAUAAUAAUAAUAAUAAUGAAUAUAAAUCUUCUAUUGAAGGUACUAUAAUUAAGAAACCAAGUUUAUCUACUUUUGUUACUUAAGUUAAAGCUCCUUUAUCUGAAAAUAAAAAUAACUUUAAAAAUCUAAAACCAGAUUCUGCAAAAGCUGGUAGUUCAAUUAAGACAAAUUUUAAAAGGAAAAAUUCUUAAGAAAAACCAGUAGAAUCUUUAUUUUUAUAUUAUAUCUCUUCAAUUAUUAAAGGAUAUAUGUAACCUGAAAUAACAAGGCCAAUUGAAUUAAUUAGAGAACAUUUACUUUAAACUAUGCAAGCAUCUUAAUUUUAGAAAUCAGUUAAAAUAAUAACUAAUUUUGAAGAUAAAAAAGUUAAUUUACCUUCCACAAAUAAAAAAACAAUAGUAUUUGAUUUAGAUGAAACUUUAAUUCAUUGUAAUGAAUCAACUUAAAUUCAAGGAGAUGUGAUAUUACCUAUUAAAUUCCCAUCUGGAGAGAUUAUAGAGGUAUGAUAAGAAUUAAUAUAUUAGGCUUCAAUAAAUAUUAGACCUUAUGCAUAAUAAGUAUUAUAGACUUUAAAUAAAUAUUUUGAAAUAAUAGUUUUUACUGCAUCACAUUCUUGUUAUGCAAAUGUAGUUAUUGAUUAUUUAGAUCCAAAUAAAAAUGUGAUUGCUCAUAGAUUUUUUAGAGAUAGUUGUAUGUAAACAGAAGAAGGAGCAUAUAUAAAAGAUUUAAGAGUAAUUGGAAAUAGAUCUUUAAAUGAUAUGGUUUUAGUGGAUAAUGCAGCAUAUUCUUUUUGUCUUUAACCAUUAAAUGGAAUUCCAAUUAUUAAUUAUUAUGAUAAUAAAAUGGAUUAAGUAAGUUUUUGUAGUAAUUAUAGGAACUGCUAUAUUUGCAAAACUAUUUAAUGUCAUUAAGAACAGUUCGAGAUGUUAAAUAAUAUAAUAGUUAAAAUCUGAAAUUAGAUAAAUUUACACAAUUUACAGAUCCUAUUGAUUUAUUGCAAUCUCUUUAUAAAGAUUAUAUCCCUUGA